UCUGGACGACCUCACGUCCUCAACGAACAGCGGUGUGACUGCCGAGCUGCCUCUGUCCUCUGUCGGCAUUUUUAGAGAAUUUCAGAGCCGUAAUCAUGGUUUUUGAGAUGAAGAUGCUCACGUACGGCGACCCCGACGACGAGGAGGAAGAUGCACCAGCUGAGGAAGAACAGGUGGAGGAAGAGGAGGAGGAAGAAGAGGAGGAAGACAUGGUGGAUCCUCUAGAAACAAUACGAGCCAAGUGUGAGCAGACUGACCACUGUGUGCACUACAGGGAGCGUCUGGAGGCCUGUGAAGCCAGAGUUGGCUCCAAAUCCAGCACUGCUGAAGAAUGCACAGAAGAACUUUUUGACUUCCUGCAUGCACGGGACCAUUGUGUGGCGCACAAGCUGUUCCAUAACGUGAAAUGACCUCCCCGGCCAGCUCCACUUGUAGCUGGAAAAUCUAUUUAACUGCUAUAAUUGUAAAAUAAUCAAGAUUGCUCUGUUGUUCUCCUGUGUAAUACUGUAAAAGAGGCAUCUUGGGUUCCUGGACUAAAUACACACCAUCCUUUCUGUAUACAGUAUAUACUUGUGUAGAUGAGGUCAGAAGCAGUGUGUAAUGAGGGCAUCGAGGUUGAGCGAGGAAAGGGUUCAAAUAAUUCUCUCUGGUCAGUUCAUAUGCAAAAGCAAACAUGCUGCUCUGGCAGUGCAUAUCUCUACUCAGGUGUGGCCAAGAAUUCAUUGCUCCGACUGAAAAAUAAACAUUUUCUUUGGUAUCCAGCA